AGGUUAGGUUUAGAAUGGUUUCACUACUGGGGACCUCACUGAUGCUAACUGCCAAGGAAAUGAGAUUCUUUAGCAUAGCGCCUAGGAUGCGGAGGUCAGCGCUAGCCCUUCGGGGGCACAAUCCCGAGAGCGGAUCGCAGAAUUGGUCUCCUCUACAGCGGUAUCAGCGGAACAUAUCUGAGGUGCGUCGCAUGGAGCACCAUGUUCUGGCCGCAGCAAUGGAAGCGACUGCGAACGAGAAAUAUUAUAACAGUCUCUUGUGGUUGGAAUACCUGAAGCGUUGCAAAGACUUGGUGGAGACCCCGUCGUUCUCAGGUCGAGACCUCUCAAAAGUCUUCUCUGCGAUGACUCGCAUGAGGCCCCUUAUAUUGCAGAAGGACUCGGCUCAUGCUCGAGUCGCUGAGGAUAUAAUAACAUCUGCGAAGAACCGAAUACUCGGAGUAUCGAAAUGCACGGUGUCUUUCACAACUCCGCAGCAGAUUGCAUGGGUCGCCUAUGGACUUGCGAAGUUGUCUCGGUCUCAUGCAGAGCAUCUCCAGGUCUUGGCUGGAAUUUUUUCACGGCUUCUAACUGACGACCCGAAUACUCGACUGUCUGCUAAGGACUGUGGUAUGGCUUUGGAAGCUUUCAAAGAUUGUGAUGCGGAUUUUCUGGAGUGCAUGUCCGCGAGGCUCGGCCCAAAAAUUCAUAUCUAUGAUUUCUCCGAAUGGAAGGUGACAUGGGUAUGCCUGGCUACUGCGAUUCUGCAGGGAAGGAGAGAAGAUAUGCUAUCGAGGAGUCCGGACUCUCCUUCCGGACGAGCCUUGACUAAUAUCAUCUCAUCUGUGGAGGAGCAUAUUCCUUUGUUGGGUCCACAUGAAGUAUGUAGACUAAUGUCUUCGGUCAAGCGUACAUUAGAGUCGGACGAGACAUCGGAUUCUCUGCCGGUAUCACUCGUAGAAGCGUUAUCGAAGCGCAUCAUCGAUCUACGAGAAGAACUCUCAAUCGAUGAUAUUGCAGGUCUAAUUCCUGGUUAUAUGUCUCUGGUGUAUGAGAAUUUUAAGAGGGAGUCACUUGAGUUCAUGACUGUUGUUGUAUCCAGUUCCCGUUCGAUACAGGAAUUGUCGCGACUAUCACGUUUCUUCCCGGAGCUUGUUGCCCACGAGGUUACAGUGCGAGCUCAGACGACUCCACUUGCCUCAUCCAUUUCCGGAUCGAAAAGCAGUUGGAUGCAAGAUCCUGUCGAAGCCCGCCUACUCGGUAGGCUAUGUCGUGAAGUAUCCCGUGUACAGCGUCAUGCGUCCGCACAUACUAUCCAGAAGUUACUCAGCCAUGUUCCACAACCUCAACACUGCUUACCUCCAACAGAGAUACUUGCGGUUUUAGCGAGGACCAACCUAAAACUCGAAGGAUGGACUUCGGUGGAGGACUUUUCAAGCCGACUCCUAGAGGAAGGUGGUGAGAAAGAAUUCAUUAGACAUUGCCACGCAAGGGCAUCUCUCGGGCUACCAAUACAGGUUGAUAAGUUGAGAGAGGUAUUGCGGAAUCCGAGCUCGGCCCUGACAAUUACUGAUAAAGUCCGCUGUCUACAUUCAAUGGCCUUAGCAAAUCAGUUGUCUCCGGGAGAUGAAUUUGCUCACAGGAUUCUCCGGAAUAUCGAUGGAGGCCUCGAUGAUUCACCGACUGUGCAGCAACUCAGGCUAUUCAUCAAUUCUACGAGAACUUCUGUGGCAGUGGAGUUAGACACAUCUUGUAGAUUCAAGCAAACAGCUCUUGCACGACAUGUAGGCAUGUGCUUGAAGAGGAAUUUCCCCCAUUCCAACUGGAUUACACAUGGCAAGAUCAGUGAUGGCAACGGGGGUUCCGUAAAUGUGGAUUACUGGUGUCCAGAGCAUGGAUCAGUUGAGGUUCUCGGGCCUACGAGACACUAUUUCCAGACAGAAGAGCUCACCGCAGCCCAAUCUUUCAAGUAUCGAUUGAUAAGAGCUGUGCUCGGAUCCACCAGACUUCGUGCGAUCUCAUACCAUCAGUGGAAUGAGACGCAGCUGAAGCAGGAUUCCUUGAUUUCCUCAUUAUUCACAGCAUGACUCUCGCUGUUGACACGUUUCUUGAGUAAGUUUCUGUUUCCAG